AUGACUCCACGCUCGACAUCUUAUGAACCUCUACCACGUUGGUCGUCGGAUCUUGAAGAGUUCGAUAUCGACGCAAGGGAGACGACAGAGACGAGCACAUGUACUCCUCCCGACCGUCUUCCCGCUUGGCUUCGUGGAAGAAAUUCUUUUGCGCCGCGACCGCACGAUCGACUCAGACGCAUCAACCUCCGAUGGCUUCUAUUAGCUCCAAUCGCCUUCUUAUGCAUUGUUAUCAUCUCGACUCCUCUUCUGAACCCUUCAUACACAUACAAGCCGAAGUCGUACACCGGAAGAAACCCUCUCAACGAGCAAGUCUUCGUUGUAGCUGCCAUAGUUGACGCCGACCUCAUUCGAGGCGCUUGGGGCGAAGCUGUUCUCGAUCUUAUUGCAGCAAUUGGCACCGAGAACGCUUUCGUCAGUAUCUACAAUAACGACAGCGGGCCCGAGACCAGCACAGCUCUAAAGCAAUUGGCGCAAAAGAUACCCUGUAAGUGCAUUGCUUCUAUGGCCGAGCCUUCACUGGUGGCUUACAUCUCCACAGGCGAGAAAGUGGUGGUAUCAGAGCAUUUGCCUCUCGAAAGCCUGGUUCAGCCAGAGCUGUCCCGAUCUCGAGAGAAGGUCAGACGUAUACCCUACCUGGCAGACGUACGCAACCGUGCCAUGAGACCAUUCUAUACCUCUGGGCGGAAAUUUGAUAAGAUAUUGUUCCUUAACGACGUGGUGUUCUCCGGCCAAGAUGCUGCAGACCUGCUCUUUGCGACCGGCACACACGAUUCGACCAUACGAACAACUUAUCACGCCGCAUGUGCUGUCGACUUUAUCAAUCCCUUCAAAUUCUACGACACUUUUGCCACCAGAGACUCCAAUGGGUACGGGAUGGGACUUCCCUUCUUCCCGUGGUUCUCAGGCAAAGACGGAGGAAAAAGCAGAAAACAAGUCAUGAAAGAAAGCGACGCAGUCCCUGUCCGGAGCUGUUGGGGAGGCAUGGUUGCGUUUGAGGCGCGCUGGUUCGAGUCAAGCACCAACAAUAGCUCCAAGGCGGGCGAGCAAUCGCUGUCGCCUUCAGUCUCUGUCGCAUCUUCUGAUCAUCACAUGCCAGAGACAGAAGAACCGCUAAGAUUUCGUGGCGAAGAAGAACUCUUCCGCGAGUCGUCAGAAUGCUGCCUUAUACACGCCGACAUCGACGCUCGAGCCCGUCGACUCAACAUCUCAAAGACCGACGGUGGUGACUUUGACACCAGCGUGGGUGGCAAUAUCGUCAUGAACCCGUUCAUACGAGUAGCAUACACCAAAACCUCGUUCAGGUGGGUGCAUCUAACGCGACGUUUCGAGCGAUUGUACAGCCUGCCUCACCUGUGGGCAUCUUGGCUUGUUGGCUUGCCUUGCCGAAACCCGCGGCAUUUCCAGGAGGAGGGGGAGAGCGUGGAGAAUCUUGUUUGGGCGAUGCACGAUCGGUCACAGCACAGCUCGGGCGACAUGGAUGUCUACGAAAAGUCAACCACCGAUCCUUAUAAUGGGUGCUACCAGAGGCUGAGACAAAUAGCGCAACCGGGUGGUUUUUGUGGAAUCAGCCAACUUUCGGUUCUCAGAGCUGAGAGAAAGCCAGGCGAAAAGAUGUGGAAGAGUUUGCCGGCACCUGCGCAAGACAAUCUUUGCAAGACAUAA